ACUAUCAGCAAGCCAUUUUGGGCGCAAGCUGUUGUGGUGGUGGUAGUGGCUUUGUCAAGCUCUCGGUUCUAUCGCUUCGUUUUGCUUUGGGUUCAAAUUUGGAAAAUUAAGCCAGGAGGCACUUCCAUUGGUGCGGUUAUUUAAAGCAAAAAGAGAUAUUUUCAGCUACGGCCGUUUGUCCGUCGACGUUUCUUCUCUCAUCCCAUCUAAUGAAGUUGACAGUUGGAGCAACACUCAUUGCUGCCUUGGCUGCAGUUGUUAGUGCCUGUGAACCAGAAUGUCGUCGUGGUCUUGCCACUGCCUUCUCGGAUAAAUACUAUGAACCUAUCGCCCACACCGUUCAACUCCUCAAGCCAGAAUUAGUCAAUUUCAAGCUGAAUGUGCCUUCUCAAAUCUCGGCCGCCGUUUCCGAACAAGCUUUGAAGGCCGGAAUCGAGACGGGUGUUACAAGUGCUAUCAACAAGAUGAUCAACACCGUUACCGGUGACAGCUUAGAUAAGUUGUACUACUCUGAAAUGUUCAACGGCCCAAGAUCAUUCAAGGGUGACUGCAACAAUCCUAAGCGUGUGGACCGUAGAAUGCCUCCUCCUGGAGAGAGCUGGACUUUGGAAGAAUGCGAAAAAAUGGACUAUAUCUGUGGUAAUCCUCCUUCCAUUUGCCACUUUUUGGACGAGAUCAAGGACCGUCUUCUCAACCGAACCCGUGUUCGUCUCAAUGAGUACUCUAACGGUGAUGGUAUUUUUGUUCGCACUCUUGAUAACGACGUUAGAACCGCUGUCAACAACGUCUUGUCAAGAGAAGGUGCUGGAUCUUUGAUCGAAGACCCUAUUGUUAACAUCAUGGUGGACGAUAUCAUCGUCAAGCAAUUGGGUGGCAUGAAGAACUGGUCUGAAAGAGAUGUUAAGAACUUGUGCUUGACAACUGAUCAAGACAGCAUCUGCAAUAGCUGGGACGAUGAAAUCAAGAUCGAGAUUCUCAAGUGGCCUUAAAUCAUUUCCCUCCAACCAUUUGCCCUAUCCCCCCCCCAUACUACUGCUUAACUACUUUCUUCUCCAUUUGUUUUUCAUCCCAUGGUCAUUAUAGUUUAUGCCCCAUUGCAAAAAUUGUUUACACUCAUGCCUAUGAGUUCCACACCGAAUAGAUACUGGUCCGUUAUGAAACUUGAGAUAUAAAAAAACAUGAUCAUAAAAUCCUCCUUUUUGAAACGUUUAUAUGCGGGUGAAUGUUUUGUAUUAGGGAUGUAUGUUGCAGGCAGAAUGUCAUAAGGUGAGUGUUAUAUACAAGUUUGAUUUAAAAAUACUUUAUGCAGUG